GUCGCGACGCUCGGGGCCGCUCGCCGCCGCGCCGCCACGCGCCGCCACGCGCGUCCCAUUCCGCCAUGCACUGCUGAGUGCCUGCUCCUCCGGUGCCGCCGGACACCUCGGUCUCGUGCCGACGUCUCUCGCCCUCCUGUCAUUGACGCGCCACAACUAGUGCACUGUGCCACUGGACCAUUGUUUUGUGUUACCAUUUACGGUGUAAAAUGGGUUAAAUCGGAGGAUUUUUAAAUGAAUAUUGAUGUUAUCGUCGUUCUUAGAUAGUGACUAUAUCAGUGAAAAGGAUUUCCGCACUGUUGACUAUUUCCUCUAUCCUAUAUCCCUCUUCCUUUCCUUCUCCAAGGUUUAGGUCUAUAAUACCCAAGACCCAAGAGUGAUCUUUCGAGUUUUUUAUAUUCGACUGACAUAUCUUCUACUUAUCUUCUAAGCUAACUAUCAAGGCUGAACUAGAACAUUAUUCUUUAUUUCUGAUAUUUGAAGAAAAGUGCCAAAAAUAAUAAAAAAAAAGAAUUGUGUUCAUUGGAAGCGUGUUACAAGGGUGUGGUGGUUGAAGAAGUGCGUCACGAAUGGUGGUUUUAGUGUUGGGGUUGAGUGUCGGAUGUUGUGCUGGUGUUGAGUGCGGCGGCGCAUUGGCUCGGAUUGCGCACACGGCUCCAAGGUGGUCGGAGGCGGGGUGUUCCGUUGCUGCGUGCCCUGGUGCGGGGCGCGCGGGGCGGCGCCCGUCGACGACGCCAGUUAUGUCCUAAGAGAGGGCAGCCCACAACCCUCACACAGAGAAUUUGUCGCCCCGGAGCCUGUAAUAAGCUCACCUCGUCCACUCGGUCAACAGUCUCCAUUGCCUGGAAUUGAGGAGGAGGACGAUUCCGAUUGGCCGCUAGAGGACGCCACCGACGCUACCAUCACCCCUUCUUAUAAAAGUACUAGAAGUAGUACAGACACCGCUUAUACUUCGUCCAGAAGUUCCGGAAAGAAGAGAAGUUUUGGCAGUCCAUCGUCAGUGAAGAUAUGCAUAUCUGCAGCGGCGCGAAAGUCGAAUAAAGCGCGUAAGCGUGGCUCGAGCGCGGUUGGCGCGUCACCGUCCGCGCAGGCGGGCGAGGACGCCGCGCCGGCGCACGCGCUCCUGCCGCACGGCAAGAUGCAGGCUGAGCAGGGCAGCAUCGGCGAGCUGCAGAAGUACCACGGCCGGUAUCUCAAGAGCCGCCGCCACACCCUCGCCAAUGUUCGUUUCGAUGUGGAGAACGGGGGCGCCGCGGGCGGCGCGGGGGGCGCGCGCUCGCCGCUCGAGGGCGGGUCUCCAUCCGCCGCGCUGGUCCUGCAAGCCAUGCCGCAGCGCCGCGAGUCCUUCCUCUACCGGUCCGACUCCGACUUCGAGAUGUCGCCCAAGUCCAUGUCCCGGAACAGCUCCAUUGCCAGCGAAAGAUUCAAGGAGUCGGAGGCGGCACAGCUGGACAGAGCUCAUGGCGAAGACUUGAUCGUGACGCCCUUCGCGCAGGUCCUAGCAAGCCUCCGUAGUGUUCGAAACAACUUCCUAUGCCUCACAAAUGUGCCAGUCGCCAAAUCCCGAAGAUCUUCAGGCGCCGCCACAGCAGUUACGCCCCAGCCGAAAAACUUCAACCCUGGAGACGAAGCCUACAUGAAGUUAGCGCUGGAGACUGUGGAGGAGCUGGACUGGUGCCUCGACCAGCUCGAGACCAUACAAACACACCGCUCCGUGUCCGAUAUGGCUUCGCUCAAGUUCAAACGUAUGCUGAACAAGGAGCUCAGCCACUUCUCGGAGUCCAGCAAGUCCGGCAACCAGAUCUCAGAGUACAUCUGCUCCACAUUCUUGGACAAACAACAGGAACUCGAUCUGCCCUCGUUGCAAGUUGAGGAGAGCGUUGCGGAGCGCACCAAGAAAAAGGAAAAACCACGUCAUGGAGGCCCAGCUACUACCAUGUCUCAAGAUUGUUUUACACAGAUCACCGGUGUGAAACGGACACUGACACAUACCAACAGCUUCACUGGAGAGCGCGUGCCGCGAUAUGGAGUAGAGACACCUCACGAGGAGGAGCUCGGCAGGCUGCUGGGCGAGAUCGACCGCUGGGGCGUCGACAUCUUCCGGAUCGGUGACCUAUCCUGCGGCCGCCCGCUCACAGCCGUUGCGUACGCCGCCUUCUCCUCGCGGGAACUGCUGUCCACGCUACAGAUACCUGCCCGCACUUUCCUGGCGUUCGCGCUCACUUUGGAAGAACACUACGUGCGCGAUAACCCCUUCCACAAUUCGCUGCACGCGGCCGACGUGACCCAGUCCACGAACGUGCUGCUCAAUACGCCCGCGCUGGACGCGGUGUUCACCCCGCUAGAGGUGUGCGCCGCGCUGUUUGCCGCCUGCGUGCACGACGUCGACCACCCGGGCCUUACCAACCAGUUUCUCGUUAACUCUAGCUCGGAACUAGCUCUCAUGUAUAAUGAUGAAUCAGUAUUGGAGAACCAUCAUCUCGCCGUAGCGUUCAAACUACUACAGAAUGACGGUUGCGAUAUAUUUGUCAAUCUGCACAAGAAGCAGCGACAAACGCUCCGUAAAAUGGUCAUAGACAUGGUGCUUUCAACAGACAUGUCGAAACACAUGAGUCUACUUGCAGACCUCAAGACUAUGGUGGAAACAAAGAAAGUCGCCGGCAGUGGUGUCCUACUACUGGAUAACUACACGGACAGAAUACAGGUGUUAGAAAAUCUCGUACAUUGUGCCGAUCUCAGCAACCCCACUAAGCCCCUGCCUCUCUAUAAGCGAUGGGUGGCGUUGCUUAUGGAGGAAUUCUUCCAGCAAGGAGAUCGCGAAAGAGAGCAAGGAAUGGACAUAAGUCCGAUGUGCGACAGGCACAAUGCUACAAUAGAAAAAUCUCAAGUCGGUUUCAUCGAUUACAUCGUGCACCCUCUGUGGGAGACGUGGGCGGACCUGGUACACCCCGACGCGCAGGACAUCCUCGACACCCUGGAGGAGAACCGCGACUAUUACCAAAGCAUGAUCCCACCGUCGCCGCCGCCGGCACCCGCUCAGCCGCACUCCUCCGAUGACGACCGCCCUGAACAAAUACGCUUCCAAGUCACAUUAGAGGAAGGGGAAGGCUCAGAAGAGUGUGAAGGUGAGGGCGAUGGUGGGAUGUGACGGAAACUACUGGGAAUCUGCAAGAAACUCUCAGAGAAGAUGCAAGUGUGGUGGAAGCUCUGGCAGUAGAGCGGCACGGGCGGGCCGGCGGCGGCGCGCCCGCACCACGCGUGAGCCGCGCCGCGCCCGCGCUGCGCCCCGCGGUCGACCUCUUGUUGGAUAAUAAUAAUAACACUUGUUGACGCUUACGUCGAAAUGGAACGAUCUGUGGGUGUAUCGUGACAUUUCGAUUAUGAUUAUUUAUAUGUGAUUAUUACGCAAUGUUGUUUAGAGUUACCUAACGACUAAAUAAUUAUGUCCCUCCAAUGACUGUGUAACAUUCGAUUGUCUAGUGUUUUACUAUUGUUUCGUUUUAUCUAACCAAAGAUAUGAAGAAUUCGGUUAUUAAGUUGACAGAAUCGUUCGAUAUCCCUGUAAGUAGUUAGUCUUCGGUUCUUAAAGUUAAAGUCGUGUAAGUAGUUAUAGUCGUCGACACCGCUAUACCGGUUCGACUAAGUAAGGACAUUGAAAACGCUUAUUAAUUGGUAUGAAAGGGUAAUUUAUAUUGUCAUAUCAUCCACGUUUCUCAUAUUUAAUACGGGUUUGCGAUAAUGAUGUUAUUCACCAAAAUAUAUUAACAUAAUAGGUAUCCUAAAUAUAAAAACUAUUUUAAGGUAAAUUUUAAAAAUUGCCUUUCGGAGUUGUUAUUGUGUCUUUUUUCUGAAUAUUUAAUAUUCGGCCAGCCUCUUACUGUGAAGACUCUCCUUAGUUCAUCUGUUAUCAUAGCUUUACUUGCGUUGGUGAACCUAACAGCACCUCAUUUCUUAUGAAGGAUCGCUGGCGAUCCUCUUACUUUUCUCUUUAGAAUAAUGUAUUAUUUUUGUAAAUUACGUAUUACCUACUCUAAUUCUCUUUAUCAAAAAACAUUAGUCAUGAAUUUUAAGUUUUUUGUGAACGCAACUAACAGCUUGAAGUGUUGAUUAAAUAAUAUAUUGUAGGCAUACUAACAAUGAGUGGUUUGCAACUAAGUUUUCUCUCGAUCAGUGAGUUGAAAUAUUUUCAGAAGUAAUUAGUAAGGUCCAAACUAUAUCGCCAUAAGGGCCGGGUCUUGCAAUACCUAGUUCGUUCUAAGUAGCCAGUGUCUACCCUGUCUAGGCACUCUGCGCACAACGUUUCAUUCAAUCUUCUUUCAUACCACAUUCAGUUCGAUUUACUUUUACAAUUUCAUCGCGCCCAAAUACUUCACACAUUACUGUAUCAAUUAAUUUCACUACAGAUCUGAUUUCUGAUUAUUCUCACAUGCCUCGUCAAUUGAAGCUUACGAUCACAAACGGCACAAACAAGUGUAUGUUACGAGGAGGUUAAUACCUACUUAAUUAUUGUAUUAUGUUUGCAUUUCAUUGUAUCCAUCGUAUUUAAUAUAAAGAUUUUAUUACUUAUGAGCUGGUCUCUAUGUUUUCAUGUACUCAAAAGAUAUUUACUUGUUUCGAUUAAACGAUUUAGUUCCUCGCC